AUGCGGCUCUUCUCCACCACCACCACCGCUAUUUCCCUCCGCAAAUCUCCAAUCCUCUCACAAUCCCCUCGUCGAUCCGUCUACGCUCUCUCCCAAGUCUUCUUCACUCCGACCACCCGCUUCGGCGGCAUCCUCUCAUUCAGCGACCGCCCAACCACCGAGAUGGCGCAUCUGUUUCCGGGCUGCGACUACAAGCACUGGCUCAUCGUCAUGGAUCAUAAGCCUGGUGGUGAGGGUGCCACCAAACAGCAGAUGAUUGAUUGUUACGUUCAAACCCUCGCCAAACUCCUUGGCAGUGAGGAGGAAGCUAAGAAGAAGAUUUACAGUGUGUCUUGUGAGAGGUACUUUGGAUUUGGAUGUGAGAUUGAUGAGGAGACGUCUAAUAAGUUUGAAGGGAUGAAUGGUGUGUUGUUUGUCCUACCGGAUUCGUAUGUUGAUUCUGAGAACAAGGACUAUGGGGGUGAGGUUUUUGCCCCUUGUUAG